CAAGUAUUUGGACCCACAUGCUCGUUCGCAGAGCUCAGUCAGCAUUUGACUCAGUAGUGGCAAGGGAUCUAGGAUUUCCACUUGUCAGUGGCUCCCCGAUAUCGCAUUUAAGUGCAUCCCCAAGCUAAAAUGUCAAAGUUGGAGCAAGUUCUCAUUCUUGACCCCCCUGCCGACCUGAAAUUUAAAGGUCCCUUCACAGAUGUCGUCACCACAAACCUCAAAUUGAAAAACCCCUCAGACAGAAGAGUAUGUUUCAAAGUGAAGACGACUGCGCCGCGUCGGUACUGUGUACGGCCGAACAGCGGAGUCAUCGAACCCGGAGCCACCGUCACCAUCUCCGUUAUGCUACAGCCCUUUGAUUACGACCCAAAUGAGAAGAGUAAACAUAAAUUCAUGGUUCAAACAAUCUUUGCUCCAGCAAAUGUGACCGACAUGGAUGCUUUGUGGAAAGAUGCGAAGCCCGAUGAUCUCAUGGAUUCCAAGCUGCGAUGCGUCUUUGAGCUUCCUUCUGAAAACGAUAAAGUGUUGAGAACAGACGCCUUCUUCAGAGGAGCAGGAGCAGAGCUAGCUACCGCGUUCAGACAGGCCAGGGUCUCCAGCAUGCAGGACGAACCGCGCCCGCUGGCCGUCCCUGCACUCUACAGCAGUCGUUAUGGGCUGCCCGGCGGCGACUACUGGUGGGGCUCCAGGAUUGCCCCUGUCCACGGAGCUAGUGUCAGGCUGAUGCAGCAGAAGAACGACGUGGAGGACAUCAAGGCGACCCCGGUGCUGAACUCGGCCAAGUCUGACGGGCCCCUGUCCUCCAUGGCGGUGGCCAAGCCCAGCGGAGGAGCCCCCGACGACCCGGAGAUGAAGAGGGUGAUGACCGAGUGCAAGCGGCUGCAGAAUGAGAUGAGCAAGAUGGCGGAGGAGAACAUGAAGCUCAAGGACGACGGCGUCAGGAUGAGGAAAGCAGCCCGCUCAGACCACAUGACCUCAAACUCUAGCGCCCUCCUGGGCCGAGAAAGCAGCAGCACCACCUCCCUGCCCUCCAUCCUCGUUGUGAUAGCGGCCAUCUUCAUCGGUUUCUUCCUAGGGAAGUUCAUCUUGUAGACUGGGAGAUGCAUGCCAGCCGUAUCCCCCUGCCCCCCCCCCCCCUCCCCCGGCCCUCCCCUCCUCCGGCCCUCCCCUCCUCCAACCGCCCCCGGCUCCGUAAUCAUUAAUGGCCGGGGAAAGUCUUUUCUGUUGACUUUGCCAUAUCAUUGGUUGUGUGGUCGCCAAGUGUACACGUCUGUACAGCAUCGUUCCAGGGGUGUGGCCUUUUUUUUUACAAUUCCUCACACACGGUUAGUACACACACAAUCCGGAAAAAAAAAAGUGAAACUGAGGUUGUCCCCUUCUGUUCCCUGUUUUAUUUAAUGGCUGGAUGUACAGGAAAUCUAGAGGGUGUUUAAAUAAAGUUGUACACUAUCAAUAUGGAGGACGGUGGAGAUGCACCUAGAGUGACCUUGGGCCAGAUGCAGUUGAAUAAAAGAAAGAAAGAUCGGUUCUCUCGCUCACUUUAUCUCUCUCUGUCUCUCCGUUUUAAUAGGAAUUGAAUGAAAUGGUAGCUGUCUUGUAAAUGUUAUUUUAAUUUGUUUUACGAAAAACAGAACUUCCAUCAAAAUAAAAGACCUUGCCACUC